AUGGUCCAAGCUCACUUAGGUCCAGCAUCGUGGCUACGUAGGCUGAUCAUCCCAGCAGGCAUCGUUCUCGGACUAGCCUAUUUGAAUUUUGCAUGCAAUUACUCGCUAGGCUACAAGGAAAUCUACCAGCACCACUCGCACGCCUCGGCAAUCUUGUUGUGGAUAGUCAAUGGAUUCAGCCAAGUUUGCAUUUUCGUCUAUUGGUACUUGACCGUUGCUGUUGGGCCCGGCAAGUCGCCGCAGUUCCCCGCUUUCAACAUCCACAAUGAAUUGGAGUCGGCACACGCGCAAUACAUGCCGGUGCCCCAUUUGUUCUUUUGUGAUGAACUGGGGUAUCCUUAUUACGACUCCAACACGCAAUCGAUAAAGCUAGAGAGGACUUUUUAUUCAAAACAUGUUGGGUACAAUGUGCUCAAAUACGACCAUUAUUGUCUAUGGAUUGGCACCGUGGUGGGGUUGACAAACUACUUAUAUUUCUUCAAGUUUUGCAUUUGGCUCCUUACGUUUUUCGCCACCAUGUUAGUUUGGACCGCGGUGUACACGCACCCUUCCAUUCGUCGACGAGGCGUCAUUAAUCAUAAUUUCAUUGUGGUGUACGUCAUGUGCGGGUUGUGGUUGUUGAUGAUUGGAGCGUUGGUUGCGUCGCAUGUGGUUUACGUGUGUUUCAACAUGACGACAUUGGAUGACUUGACAAAGAAACAGCGCAGAAGGUACCAGAACUGGCAGAGUAGGAGAGGAGGAGGUGAACUGAGCAAGCCGAGCGAGCCGAAAUUGGGCUGUAUCAGGCCGCGGCUUCCACGGCAGGAGAAUGGUGCUCGAUUUGUUAAUGUUGAGCAUGGGGAGACGCGAGUUGUUGUGAGGUUCGAUGUCAACGAUUUGCCUUUUGAUUUGGGGUGGAAAAGGAAUUGGAUCAACUUGGUGCUCAACGGGAACCGAAGUCGUGGUCGUCUGGAGUCGUUUUACACCACAGCGAGGUUUACCAGGAGCGUGGUUGUGCUUUUGGUCCCCUUUGUUGAGCUUUUGUGGAGGUCCCCGCCUACCUCGAUGAUGAUGAAGAGGCUGAAUCUUGCCGAGGCGGGAGCCAGCUAUCUUGAGUCAAUGAGCUCCCAGUGGGAGUAUUAUUCCGAGGAAUUGAGCCCCCGAUUCUUGGAGAUGAUUCAGCUCAGGAUAUCAAAGGGAGACUGUCAUCUGCCGAGCUAUUUAGUAAACAAGGAACUGUUACAAGAGACUGUAUAG